AUGUUAAUUGCCCAAAUAUUUGCAGAGGAUGUAGAAAAUACUGUAAAUAUUGAAGGAGAAGAAUUUGAACUUGAAGAUGAUAAUAAAUAUGAAAGAGAAAAGGCACAAAUCUCAGAAAAAAUUAGAAGUUCUAUUGAAAAGAAGAUUGCUAGAAAGAUUGCCUUAAGAGAAGUUGCUAAGAAGAGACAAUUUGAUAGAAAAACAUCUAAGAUUCAUCGUAAAUUAAAAAAGAUUAAUACCCAAAUUGAAGGACUUCAAAAAAGACUUCAUAUUUAUUCAAAAACACGCAAGUCACUUAAAAUUAAAAGAACAAAAUUAAUUUCUCAAAAGAAAGCUGCUAUUUUAAAGAUUAAAAAACUUAGAACAUCUAUGCAAGCUAAAAUUACAAAAAUGGAAAUGAAAGCUAUGAGAAAAGGAAAGAAAAUUAAUGUUACCAAAAAGAGAGCUCUUCAAUUAAUCCAAAAGAAUCAAGCAAGAAAGAUUGUUCGUGAAUUUACUAUUAAAGAAAAUAGAAUUAAAAGACAAUUGAAACAAUUAGAAAGUAAGAAAUCCAUUAUGAGAAGAAAGAUUGUUCAUUUACAAGGUAUUGCUAAAUAUUUAAGAGCUAAAUUAGCUAAUGUAUUAAAACAAAAACAAGAAUAUGCUAAGAAGAUUCAAAAUAAGAGAAUUCAAUUAGUUAAGAAAGCUAUGAGACAUGCUAAAGUCUUUGCUAUGUUGAACCAAGUUGAAAAACACAUUAAACAUGUUGAAGAAAGACUUGCCGUUCUUGUUGAUGAAAGAAAGAGAGGAAAAUUAUCAACCCAAAGAGAAUAUUUGAUGAAGAAACAAAAGAUGAUUAAGAAAAGAAUUGAAGUUUUAAAAAGAAGAAAGGCUGAAAGAAAAGCUAGAAAAGUAGAAAUUAAUAAAAUGAAACAACAAAUGAAAGAAUAUAAUAAAAAGUAUCAUGCAGAAAAGAAAAUAAAGAAGGCAGCAUUAAGAAGUGCAAAGAGACAAGUUAGUUAUUUGAAGAGACAAUACAAAAAAGCAGAAAGAGCAUACAAUGGAGCCAGAAGUCUUGUUAAAAGAGAAAAGAAAGCUAUUGCACUUAAAGGAGCUAGACUUGCAUUCUUCCAAGCUAAGAGUAGUGUAUAUAAUUUGAAGAAAGAUAUUAGAGAUAUGAAAAAUAUUUCUAUUCAAAAAGUUCAUGCUAUUUUGAGAGGAUUAUUGAAAUUGAAAAUUAUUGAUGCUAAUAUGAGAAUUACUGAACACAAAUUAAGUAUUAAAGAAUAUGAAGUUUAUAAGAAGAAGGUUGUUGGUAGAAUUCAUCAAUUGAAGAAGUACGGUAGAAGACUUGACUUAUGUCCUGCUAAUCAAAGAUUAUUAAGAAAGAGACUUUCUAUUAAUUAUAGAAGAUUAAAACAUGUUGCAAGAAAGAUUUCACAUUCUAUGAAAGCUAUUAGAGUUCAUCAAUUAAGAAUUGGUAUGAUGCAUAAGAAAUUGAGAAUGAUUGCUAUUAAGGAAUACAAACAUAUGAAAGCAAUGGUUAGAUCUCUUAAAGCUAGUGUAAAAGAAUUGAAGAAUACAAUUCGAGUUGCUAAAUUUAAGAAAGCAUGUGCUGGAGUUAUUACAAGAAAGAGAAUGAAUUAUAUUAUCAAGAAUGCUAAGAAUGAAAUCCAAUCAUUGAAAGUUGAAAUUAAUGAUUUUAGAAUGAAAAUUAAAUUAGUUGAUGAAGCUAUUGCAGAAGAAAAGAGACAACGAUUAAUGGUUACUAAGAUAGAUUAUCAUAGAGCUAAGGCAGCUCUUCAUGAAGCCAAACAUGGAAUUAGAGUAAUUUCUAGAAAGAUUCAAAAGAAUAAAGAGUUAGCUACUAGUUCAACUGAACCAUGGAAGAGAAGACAAUAUCUUGGCAGAAAUGGUAAAUUAACAAUGAAACUUGUUAAACUUGAAAGCAUGAGAAAGAAAUUAGCACGAAAAGUUGAUAUGUUAAAGGUUAAAUAUAACAAAUUAUAUCAAGCAGAAAUUAGUGAAUUCCUUGCAUACAAAACUAAAUGGGAAGUUAGAAAAUCUAAAGUCAUUGCUGAAUUAAAUAAACUUGCUAAACAAGAUACUAAAAUCACUAGAAAGUUAAGAAAAGGAAUUUGUGAAAUAAAGAAGUGCAGAAUUCUCUUCAGCCGAAAGUAUAAUUAUUUACAAGCACAUAAAUUACAAAUUGUUUUGUAUAAGAUCAAUAAGAAAUUAGAAAAGAUUCACAGUGAAUAUGUUAGAAGAUCUGAAGCACGAUCAUUCAGAAUUAUUAAAAAACGAUUCAAUAAACAGAAGAAGGCAUAUAUUAAGAAUGAACAUCUUUUGAAACAUGUUAGACACCAAUUAACUCGUUUAGAGAAGAAAAUUGCUGUUGCCGAACAAAGACUUCCAUUCCUUGCAGAUAAUGAAAAAGUAAUUGCUAGAGGUGUUGUUGCUGCACUUGAAAAGAUUAAGAGAAAUGUCCAAAAGAAAAUUAACGUCUUAGAAAAUCAAAGAACAAUUAUUAUGAAGAAGUAUUUGGCAUUGAACAAAGAAUAUCUCAUUCAAUUGAAAAAGAGAAUGGAAUCAGACAAGAAGAGAAAGGGAGAAUUAAUUGCUAAAAGACCAGAAACAUUACGAGCUGCUUUAUAUGAAUUAAUUCCACAUAAACAACAAAGAGCUGAAAGAAAAUUAAAUAGAUUAGAUAAAGAAGUAGAAAGCUUAGAGAAAAGAAGUCUUGAAGAUGCACAUAGAAUGAAAGAAGCUAUUAGAACACGUAAAUUCUUACAAGAAGCAGUCAAACCAAAAGUUGUUUGUACUGGAGGAAUUAUUAAUUGCAGAUAUUGCCAUAGUCUUGGAAGAAUAAUCAAAACAUCAUUAAGAAAUAGGGAAGAAGAUCGUAUAAUUUUAGAAAGACUUCAUCAUAGAUGCAAUAAAGAAUUACCAGAAAACCAAGCUAGAUGUAUUGAUGUUGCUAUGAGAUUAACUGAAGCUGCUGUUAAAGUGUUUGACCCAGUUAAAUUUAAAGUUGCAUCUGCUUGCAAGAAGAUUGGAGUUUGUGGCAUUUAA